AUGAGAGCCAUAAGAGUCAAGGAAUCACCAUUAUUCAAAGUGACAAAGUUCAAUGACAUUGACAUUUGCUCACUAGACUAUCUCAAUGGAAGUCAUAGGCAAGCAUCAGCGAAGGUGAUUGGGGAUUGCAUUAAAGGAAAAUAUGAUGGUGUGGGGAGGUCUUAUAGGCCGAAAGACAUAAUACAAAAUGUGCGGAUAGAAUUUGGUGUCAAUAUUACCUACGAUAAAGCAUGGAGGUCUAGGGAGCAUGCUUUAGAAUCAAUACAAGGAUCUCCAGAGUUAUCUUUUGCCUAUCUUCCAUACUAUUGUGCGGAGCUAGAGAAGAACAACCCCGGAACUAUCACUCAUAUAGAGUCAGACAAGAACAUAUCUUCGAUGAGACGUGUCAUCGCUAUUGACGGUACCUAUCUAAAGGGAAAGUAUCUAGGCACGCUUUUUAUUGCAUCUGCUUUGGAUGGUAACAAUCACAUUUAUCCUAUUGCUUUUGGUGUUGGAGAUUCGAAGAAUAACAAAUCUUGGAUAUGGUUCUUCGAGAAAUUACGACAGCUAAUCUCACUUGAUGACUUCUUUGAAUUGGCUAUAAUUUCAGAUAGGCAUCAGAGUAUUGAAAGGGCAUCGGCCUUAGUUUUUCCAGAAUCAUACCAUGAUCACUGCAUGUUCCACAUCAAACAGAACAUGAAGGCAAAGAAAUUCGACCCUACAAUGUUUCCAAUUUAUUUCAAGGCAUCGAAGGCAUAUCCUGUUUUCGAAUUUGAGGUCCUAAUGACACAGUUGAGCUUAAUUGAUCCCCGUGCACAGAGUUAUCUACUUGAGAUAUGGUUUUAUGAGCGACAUACCGAAGCAACAUCUGUGAAUUCUAUACUCUGCAAGGAGGUAGACAAAUAUCUACGGAAGCGGAUUGAUAGGUCUCGUAGGAUGGAUGUUACACCAAUAUCACAUAUUGAGUAUUACGUUCGUGAUGGAUGCGGUAAUGGUGAGGUUAACUUGCACAAUAGAACACGUUCUUGCAAAAAGUUUGAUUUGCAACAACUUUUAUGUGUACAUGCAUUGACUGUUUGUGCCAAUAGAGAAAUCGCGGUACAUUCUUUGUGCUCAAGAUAUUAUACCAAUGAAACUAUUUUGGUAGCUUAUGCUGAACCUAUAGAUAUAGUUGGUAUUGAGCACCAACACGUUGAAAACGAUAUAAGAGUAUUAUUACCCUCUAAAGCGAAAAGACCAGGUGGUAGGCCUAAACAGCAAAGAAUACCUUCCCAAGGUGAAACUAUGAUUAUCAGACACUGUGGUCGAUGUAAGAAAAGUGGUCAUAAUCGUCAAACUUGUAAGGAACCAAUAGCGUUGCAUCCAAGAACUGAAUGA